UUGAUGCUUCAUAAUAUGUUGAUUAUAUUGUCAUUCACUAUAGUGAAUAUUACAAAAUCAGUUAUGUAAUGUUUCCAAAUCUUGAUUAUUACUUAAUCAUCAAACCACCAACAUCAAUAGGCCUAUAUUGUAGGCUAGGCCUACAUUUGUAAGAUGUUGGAAAGAAAGUAUCUUCACAGCAGCCCAAUAGCCCAGAAUGUUGCAUUCAUGUUUAAAAGGAUGAAUCAUUUAAUUUGGAUUUAAAUGUUUUAUAAUAGGCUAGGCCUAUGUAACAAAUUUAAAAGACUAAAAUAUUGAGCUUAAAUUAGGCCUACAAGUAAAAGUAAAAGUAUGCACUGUCACUUUAAGAGCUCGUGGAAAUUUCAGAUCUUGGGAAGCAAACAUUUUUCUUACCGGACAGUCUGACUGACCUUCUGGCUAACUUUGUUUUAUGGACGUUCUUAUCAGUAGGCUAGUAGGCCUAGUUCAUUUAGGCAUAUUAGUUCAUAUGUUUUCAAGACAUUUCCACUGCGUGGACAAAUGCUUUCAUCAACACCAUUUUGACGAAUUUAAACCAACUCUUUGGCAGAAAGCAGCACACACUUCCAAUGAUGCCAAUAGCGCGAGAGAUGUUGCCACUCGCAAAGCUAUGACAGGCAUCGACACCGUUAUCAACAUUCACAUCAGAUUCACGAUCGAGCUCUAGGAGAGCUAGAACUUGUCUUCUAUCCAUUCUACAGAGAUGGAUUUAGGCUUUUUGUGUAGGCUACUUAACACAACCGAACGCCGUAGAUUAGGUUGCGAGUGACAGCUGUUACAAAGUUGUCUGGUCACUGUUUUGAAGAUCAGCAUUCGAAGCGCGGCGUGUCCGCGCUCUGUCUGAUCGCUAUUGAAAAAGCAGCUGGAGGCGCAAUGCUGAUUGUAAGCAGAAGUCCGCGUCUAGUGUGAUCGUUUAAACUGCUGUAAGAUAGAUGUUUCAUAUCUAAAGAAUAUGUUUUAUUUCGAUUGGAUGUUAUAAAGCUACAAUGAGUGGAAAUUUCGGCCUCUCCACACAAAUUUGCCGCCUUGUUUUACCUGCGCUGAAUGGAUUUGCUCUGCGCUGAGAACGUGAGAACAGUGCGCGAUUGCACAGUCGCACAGCUUAGAGGGAACAUUGGAUGCAACAACGUCCUCACAAAGACUGGGGAUUGGGGCAUGGCGACUUUGACAGAUGACGCACGCCAAAAAGUAGAGCUCCAUCAUCCAAUGAAUGAAUAAGAGGUUGGUUGUGAUGAAAUGAAAUGCAGUAUGAUAUGAUAUGAAUAUGAUGUGAAUUUUGUAAUGAAGUCUGAUACCCUGUGGAAAAAAUAAAACCGUACAAAAAAGACAAAAGAGGAGCGUUUGAUUAGCGCAUUUGGGAAGUACCCAAUCAUUUACAAUAUGUCCCUGGCCUCGUACAGACACUAAAUAACGAGGCUUGGAAGGAAGUGGCAGAGAUCGUUUGUGUCCCUGGUGGGUGUCUCUUAUCUGUGUCAACUGGACAGUAUGAUCAUACACAUCUUGGUGGUUUAUUCACUGGUACUUGCAGGUGUAGCAUAAGUAUGUAAAUCAAAAUACAAUAAAUGCAGUGAUAAAUACAGUAAUAAAAAUACAGUAAAUACAAUAAGGGUCAGAAUGUAAAACGUGUGUGAGCGUAGAAUAGGAUGGAAUGGAAUCAAACUUCAUGAAUAGGCUACUUUUGCAUUAGUCUCUGCAUACUGCGAGUUUGUGUUGUCUUUCAAACACAUUAAAACAGCAUCAUGACCAUGUUCUCAUAAGGUGUAUUCAUAUCCUUUUUAAUCAGAGAAAGCCUGUAGGAAUAGGUGGAGGUCGCUUGAUUUGCACUGGACUGUGGAGGGGGUUUUGUGAGUUCACAAAUACAUGAUUGCUUGGACAAUGCCAUGGCAGGAAUACUGAACACUGUCAUUCUCAUUGCAUCACAACACACAGACCCAGAUUCCACCGUGGUUAUAAAAUAAGAUGGACUAUCAAAUUAGAUCAUCAAAUUAAAAAAAAAAAACCUCCAAGAAGAAACUUCCAUUUUGUUCAACAUCAGAAUCCGAUGAACUAUCUGAUAUUGCUAAAUGGGAAACUGCUUUUAUACACAAACGAGUGAGAGGCUGGCAGUGCGCUGGUUCCACCAUGGCAAAGUGUGCAUUCUUGACCAGACAUUCGAACAGCACGCAUGCACACACUACGUUAUUGCAAUUUAUUCGCAUGCAUUGAGAUUGUGCAGCACAGGUUUGCAAUAUAAUGAACUUGACCAAAGAAUGGAAAACACAGUGACUGUAUCGCAAUGGUAUUAGCAUUCAGGAUUUUAUGCUUUGGCAAUUUCAGAUGGAUAUUUUAUGGGAUUCUGAUGUUGAACAAAAUGGAUGGCUGUGCUAAUAAAUCUUAACCAAUAAAUCUAAGCACACCACUGAGAAGAAAAUGAUAUGCACAUUCAUGAAUAUUGCUCGGAAAUACUGCAAAUAUGUGAAAUUCAAAAAAGGGUGGACUGCUCCUUUAAAGGCCAACUUCCGAUAAAACACAGUUUUACUCACUCCUUUUGAAGAUCGGACGGUCACCCCAAGUUAAACUCACUUGCAAGGCUCUCAUAGCGGUGCGUCACCUCGCCUGGCUGUGUUUCGCGGUGUUUCCCAAUUUACAUUAAUAAUGCAGAGAAACGAGCGAAUCACGAAAGCCUUUCUGUGUUUCGUCACGUCGAAAGAAGGCGUUGCCCACAAAGGUUUAUGUCGACCCAUAUUUCUAAAAACAUGUCGAGUAAUUUUUUUCUGCUUGUUUUCAAUACAAGCAACGUCUGGUGGCCCGAAAUCUAGCUUAGCUUAGCUAUCAGCUGGUUGCUACUCUCAGGUGCACAAGCAGCACAAAGCCUCAUCCAUACAGCAAGCCCACUCUGGUUGCUCCGUGCCUGCAGCUUGCCUAGGGGUCGCUGUCGAAAGAGCACAGCCCUGAAUGGAGCAUGCACGCCAGUGUUAACUUCGUCAACCUUGACUAUGACUAAAAUAUUUCGUCAAAAGCCCUUUUUUGAUUUUCGUCAUUUAGACUAAGACUAAGACUAAAUUGGGAAAGCAAUGACUAAAAUAUGACUAAGACUAAAAUUGAUUUUCGUCAUUGUGACUAAGACUAAGACUAAAUUUAAAAAAGCUGACGAAAUUAACACUGGUGUUAAAUAAAAUGGAGAGAAAAAGAACCAGUGUGUGAAGAAGUUUCAUUCUGCACAGUGUGAUAUAUGUUGAAAAGAGAAGCAGUGUGCGGAGAAGGUUUACUCUGUACAGUCAAUGAUUAUGUUAAAAAGAGAAGCAGUGUGUUCUAUUAUGUACAGUGUUGACUAAAAUGACUAAAAUGACUAAAAAUUGACUAAGACUAAAAUGGAUGUUCGUCAUUUAGACAAAGACUAAGACUAAAUUGGGAAGGCAAUGACUAAAAUAUGACUAAGACUAAAAUUGAAUUUCGUCAUUUUGACUAAGACUACGACUAAAUCAAAAAAAGCUGACAAAAUUAACACUGAUGCACGCCUCCGUUGGCGCCCCUAUAGUGCAGUACCACCCGGAGAAGUGGCGACUCUGUUUCCCAUUACAUUCUAUCCAAGAACAGGAGGACUGAGCCAAUCAGAGACGCAUUUCCACGAGAGCAGGGAGAGUGAGCCAAUCAGAGACGCUUUUCCACGAGAAACACGGAACACCCUCUCGUUUCUCCACAAGCCACAUUGCUGGCUUGCAAAAACGGCUUGAAACAAAGCAACCAGAACGUUUUUUAAAACAGGACCAACGCGUAACACAUUCAAUAACAAUGGGGAACACAGCAAUAUUAAUCAAAUGACGUUGAGAGGCCAUCUUUAAGAGGAUGAAUAAUUUUCAAGAAGUAUUAUUAAGUAAUUGAAGUAUUAUUUUCACUAUUAUUUUUUUCUAAAUAUUCAUUAUGACUGAAAAACAGUAUUUUUAUACACAAAAAGGGGAUCCUCUCCAUCAUCCGCCAUGUUUAAUUUCCAGAAAUAUGAAAAGAAGGAAGGUCCGCACACUGUUGCUGCUCCAGGUUUAUUGACACAAUGUUUCGACCAUGCAGUCUGGUCUUCGUCAGGUGUAUGUGACGAAGACCAGACUGCAUGGUCGAAACGUUGUGCGGACCUUCCUUCUUUUCAUGUUUAAUCGUGUUUAAGUCCGGCACCUGUUUAAUCUGGAUGUGCACGCUCUCCAAAACGUUACUGUGAAUUUCCAGAAAUAGACAUUUUUACCUGCAAAACACUUUGAUAAUACUAGUAAAUGUGGGUUUAUUAUUUAGUGAAUAUUCAUUAAAAAAGAUUACAUUUGGCUAUAGGCAGCACAGUUUCAAAUGAACAGCAUAGUUGCAAUACGUUCUGUGGCCACCAUGCUACACAGUGCACCUUUAAGUGGGUUCAUUAAAGGCUUGCUGGACAAUCACACAUGUUUGUUUUAUGAUGAUCUAAUAAUUAACAAGUAAUGAUAUUUCCUCUUUUUUUAGUUUUGCGUGGUGGGCCAGAAACGGAAUCAAUUUCGUCUGUAAUUCCCAAAUCCACGGCUGUGCCAGAAAUAAUGAUGCCUGUACUAACAAAGAAGCACUGCCGUUCUCUUCGUGGUGAGCGCUUCAAUGCCUGGACAAGUCUGAGAGCACACCAGCUCAUUCACACUGCAGAGAGGUCCUAUGCCUGCCAGCAUUGUGGCAAAAGUUUUUCACGGGCAGGGGAUCUCAAACAACACCAAUGCGUUCACACAGGAGAGAGGCCCUAUGUCUGCCAGCAUUGUAGCAAAAGUUUUUCACGGACAGGGGAUUUCAACCGACACCAACGCAUUCACACUGGAGAAAAGCCCUAUGUCUGCCCCCUCUGUGGUGAAGGUUUUUCACAGGCAGGGAAUUUUCAACGACACCAACGCGUUCACACAGGAGAGAGGCCCUAUGCCUGCGAGCAUUGUAGCAAAAGGUUUUCAGGGGCAGGGGAUCUCAAACGACACCAACACAUUCACACAGGCUCGAGGUCCUAUACCUGCCAGCAUUGUGGCAAAAGUUUUUCACGGGCAGGGAAUUUCCAACGACACCAACGCAUUCACACAGGAGAGAAGCCCUACGUCUGCUACCAGUGUGGCAAACGUUUUUCAGUCAGAGAAAAUCUCAUAUUGCACCAACGCAUUCACACAGGAGAGAGGCCCUAUGUAUGCCAGCAUUGUGACAAAAGUUUUUCACAGGCAGGGCAUCUCAAACGACACCAACGCAUUCACACUUGAUAAAAGCUCUAUGUCUAUUCCCAGUGUGGUGAAUGUUUUUCACAGGCAUGGAAUCUCCAAGUUCACCAACGCAUUCACACAGAAGAGAGACCCUAUGCCUGCCAGCAUUGCAGCAAAAGUUUUUCACGGGCAGGGGAUCUCAAACGACACCAACGCAUUCACACAGGAGAGAGGCCCUAUGUGGUGAAUGUUUUUCACAGGCAGGGAAUUUCCAACAACACCAACGCAUUCACACUGGAGACGAGCCUUAGGGCCCGUUCUCAUAUUUCCAUCGAUUGCAUUGACGCCAACGCAUUCAUUUUCAAUGGGAAAUCAUCCUCGCAAAGACUGCAGGGAUUCAGGCACGGCGACUUUGACAGAUAACGCACGCCAAAAGAAGAAAGAAGAAACUUCCAUUUUUCAACAUCAGAAUCUCAAAACUAUAUUAUAUUAUGUCAAAAACUAUAUUAUCCCAAACGAGUGAGAUGCUGGCAGUGCCCUGGUUCCACAGACAUUUGUAAAGCACUCGCACGUGUGGCCACGCUGCAUUAGUUAUACAGUUCCGGACAUUUCACUGGUAGCGCAUUCAGGCCGACUGAGAACAGUGCUGGAGCCCGUUCCCGCACCUAAUCGCGAACCAGCCGUCGUGUUCACGCCACAGAUAUUUGCGUUCGCAAACCAGAAAAUUGGUUAGCAAUGCGAACCGCAAAAUACUAGGUUUUUCUCUGCGAACCGUGACGACAGCGGGUUCAUCCGGGUAACAAAGUCACGUGCGGAAAAAAUUCAGAGCCCGGUAUGAACACUGGCGGUUCGCAGACAAACACUUUAGUGCCGAACGUAACUGGUGCGAGCACCGACACCGGCUCCGUUCUGGUCGGCCUGAAAGCCAUAUGGGAGGAUCUGGGAAAACUGGACCUCAGUGACAUUUACUUGAGGAGCCCUGCUCUAGGGUAUUAAUCAAUUCCAAUAAAAACAACCUGGGCCUCGGUUCCGAAAGGGCCUUAAGUACUACUUAACGCUACGUGCUACUUAAGUUCACACGUAACACCAUCGUAGAGCUCACAGAGCGUUUCCCAAAGCCUACUUAGCAAAGAACCAUCGCAGGUUGACACGUAACUCUAAGAGAAAUCCACGAGUGGUCUUUAGUAGUCUUAACGCGCUAAGAUUGAUCGUAGCGGCAUGGCACAGUGGAGACACCCACAGGAUAUGAAGGGAAAAGAAGAAACUUGCGCAUAAGAUUGUUGUUUUAAGACGCGAGUGGCAUGGCACAGUGGAGACACCCACAGGAAAAGAGGAAACUUGCGCUUCAAGUUGAUGUUUUAAGACGGGAGUGUAAAUA